AUGUUAUCAGCUGAAGAUGCUCCUCUGACAACUUCUGUCAUCUCCUCAUUUGGGCCCAACAGCUCCCCCAGAUCUCGAGAGAUCUUGACGGGGCUGAUCCGGUAUCUCCAUGCCUUUUGUCGUGAAGUCAAUCUCACCACAGAGGAACUAUAUAUUGCCAUUGAGGCUUUGAACAGGUCUGGUCAGAUGAGCAACGCUCAGAGGAACGAGACCUUGUUGAUCUCCGACUGCCUGGGUAUAGAGGCACUGGUCGAUGCUCAAACACAGAAAAUGCUCGAGCAAGAUAAUGGAACUAACUCUUGUAUUCUCGGCCCAUUUUACGUCGCUGAUCCUCCUCAUUAUGAAAACGGAGAUACCAUUAUCCAGAAGUAUCUCGGAGGAGAAGUAACUUACUUCCAUGGUCGGAUUCUGAAUGCUGACACCAACGAACCCGUGGAAUGUGCUUCUCUGAACGUCUGGGAGUGUGCAGUCAAUGGGCUCUAUGACCAACAGGAUCCCAACCAGCCGUCUGGAAAUAUGCGAGGCAUUUUCACUUCUGAUGUAGAAGGCAAGUAUGCUUUCUACUGUAUCAAGCCCGUCCCUUAUCCUGUUCCUUAUGAUGGUCCCGCUGGGGACAUCCUCAAGCUCAUGGAUCGCCACCCCUAUAGGGCUGGUCAUAUCCACUUCAUGGUGACCAGGGACUCAUACAGCCGCUUGGUUACACAGGUCUUCCCUGAGGACGACACUUAUCUAGACUCUGACUCGGUGUAUGCGGUCAAAUCAGAUCUGCUUUUGAAGUUCAAACCUUACAACUCUGACUCGCUGAAGAGUAUUGGGGGCAACGAUGUCGAUGUGAAGUGGGAAGUCAACUGGGACUUCAAGAUCAAGAAGCAGAAAGAUUGA